CUAUUGACUUAAAAAAUUACUAUAAUUUUAAUUCAAGACAUGCUUUCAAUUCAAUCUUUAACAAUUAUAAAUCUUUUCGAUACAUAGAGAAGUAAUUUAGGUAUCACAAGGGGUACCCCAAGGAUCGCGCUUAAUGUAAGAUGAGAUUUAAUUAAAAUGCUGGAAAUGUAACCAAUACUAAAUGAAAAGUUAAUUAGUGGUCUAUCCUCCUGAAAAUUACCAGUAUUUAUGUCGAUACGAUCGAUAAAUUAUUGUGUUUAUUUAGUUAUGUGACGGGAGCGCAAAAUAAAUAAGUCUUCACCUUGUAUAAAUUGAGCAAUGUCAAACCCCACGCUCAGUCAAUCUCUUUAAUUUUAAUCACCGACUCUCUGUUUGAUUGAAGAAAAUCUACACUUAAUUAAGUUUUAAUAGAAACAUUUUCCUUCGUUUGGUCAAAGCAGUGUUAAACCGAAGACGGAAUCGAAUUGUUGCCAUGUUUUAGAAUCGAUACACUUUAUUAUAUUUCAGUCGCCAGCAUUGUGCAUUUAAUUCGUAUCGACAGACGAACGAAACCGUAAAACGCCAUCAUAUAGAUAAAAAACACGUCAAGAUCGAACAAGAAGCUUUACGUUUUUUCUCCGAUCAAGUGUUCGUAAUUUUCCCCAUCUGCUGAUGUUGCAUUUGACACCGUCAAAAAAUAAUUUUUGUGACAAAAUUAAAGUAGCCGGCCGCCGCAGCAACCGUCAUACAGAUUUUUUCGAUCUUUGUUAACCUUUUUUAAUUCCAUAGCCUGAAAUUAUCACGGCUUGCGAACAAGCAGCCCUCGUUAAAUUUAAAUUCGGAUUCUACUUGUGGAGGAGAGUCUCUCGCUCUGUAAUCGUGUUUUGCAAGAUCUUCGAUGGCCACUGGUGCGAAUAUAAGAGAAAAAAGCCGUGAAGUGUUCGACGACGAUCAAUACGUCAUUGCUUCGACCAAACUCAAGUCAGGUAAGGACGGUAGCAAAGUUACUACAGUGGUAGCAACACCUGGACAAGGUCCCGACAGACCACAAGAAGUUUCAUAUACUGACACCAAAGUUAUCGGCAAUGGCAGCUUCGGAGUCGUUUAUCAAGCCAAGCUGUGCGAAACCAACGAGUUUGUCGCCAUCAAAAAAGUCCUCCAAGACAAGAGGUUUAAGAACCGGGAACUUCAAAUUAUGAGGAAAUUAGAACAUUGUAAUAUAGUUAAACUUAAAUAUUUCUUUUACUCCAGUGGAGAUAAGAAGGACGAAGUGUACCUGAAUUUGGUGUUGGAAUACAUCCCAGAAACGGUAUACAGAGUAGCGAGACAUUACAGCAAAUCAAAGCAAACAAUCCCGAUAAUUUUUAUCAAGUUGUAUAUGUACCAAUUAUUCCGAUCGUUGGCGUACAUACAUUCGUUGGGUAUCUGUCAUCGGGACAUAAAACCGCAGAAUCUUCUAUUGGAUCCAGGCACUGGCAUAUUGAAAUUAUGCGAUUUUGGCAGCGCGAAACACCUCGUCAAAGGCGAACCAAACGUUUCGUACAUUUGCAGUCGUUAUUACAGAGCGCCGGAACUGAUAUUCGGCGCUAUCGACUACACCACGAAGAUCGACGUAUGGAGUGCGGGCUGUGUUCUGGCUGAAUUGCUGUUGGGACAGCCAAUAUUCCCCGGAGAUUCUGGUGUAGACCAAUUAGUAGAAAUUAUCAAAGUUUUAGGCACGCCAACUAAAGAACAGAUCAAAGAGAUGAAUCCGAAUUAUACCGAGUUCAAGUUUCCACAGAUCAAGUCGCAUCCUUGGCAGCAGGUAUUUCGAGCAAGGACUCCCCCAGAAGCGAUCGAGCUAGUGGCCAGACUUUUGGAAUACACUCCUUCAUCAAGGAUCAGUCCAUUGCAGGCUUGCGCUCAUGCAUUCUUCAAUGAGCUUCGGGACCCCAACACCCGCUUGCCCACGAGUAAAGAAUUGCCUCCUCUAUUCAAUUUCACGGAACAAGAGUUGAGUAUUCAACCGUCAUUGAAUUCCAUUCUGAUACCGCGAGGGGUUCAGGAGGCUACGAAUAGUCCACAAGAUGGCGCUGCCUCGUCGGGGGCGACGGACGCUGCCGAUACGACGGCGGCCCCCGUGCAGGCGACCGCCGCCGGAAUACCUUAAGUAGUUCAAUCCUCCAAGGGAAGAGCCCCUUUCGCUCGUCCCAUUUCUCCCUUUAAUCUAGUAAGCGAUCUGUGUGAGAUUGUUGAUUGGGACAGCUGUACUAUAUUUAAUAUACGUGCGUUUGUACAGAAUUUGAUUAGUUGUUUGUAGGCGUUUGUUUUAAUGCCCAUUUGUUUUAGCGCGUUUAUUUUUAAAAAUUUUGUUGCGUUUAUAAGUAUUUGAGUUAACAUUGAAAAAUCUGGUGUCGCACCAAUCACAAUAUAUGUACAUAUUAUUUAUACAUAAAAAAAGAUUGUAAAUUUUAAGUAGGUUUAGUUGAAUGACUAAUUUAGUUUUUGUUUUUGGAAAAGUUGGAACAGAUUUUUCAAUGAUAUUUUGGAGCAUAUUUGUAUUACCAGAUAAAAAUUCGUAUAUUUUUAAACAAACAAAAUAAGUUAUUAAUUAACGUAGAUCUUCUAUUGGUGAUUUUCAUCGUUAUAUUAGUGGUUUUUAACAUAAUUUACUUACGCAAAGCAUUUGGUGUUAAUUAUUUAAGGUUAUUCGUUUUGGUAUGAAGUAGUAAUUGUAUAACAACCUGACAUUGAGAUAAAAUCCAGGACCGUAGAGUUUUAAACAGUUGGUGUGAAUAUGAUAUGAGUAUACAAAAGCGAAAAGAUAUUUAAUCUUGAAAUAUUGUGUACUUUAGCUUACGCUUUAGAAAAAAAAUGAGUGAAACAUUACAACGUAGAAUUAUCCUAAUGAUCGUACUAGCUUACGAAGUGCAAUGCGUUAACAUUUUUGAACACGCCUCCAAGAAACUAGGACAAUUAUUAUUAGUUUCCAUAGAUGUGCACUAUCUACGGUUUGGAGUUACUUUUUAAAAGCAAAAGAGAAAAAUCUAUAUUAUGUGCAAAGUGUAUUUAUCUUGACAUAGCCAAAUUAAUAAUUUAAUUUUUAAUUUAAGGUAAAAGCACACUCUCCCUUAUCCCUUUCCUUUGUCACCUCUCCAACAAUCGCAAUAUUAAAAUAUUAUAACGACAGUUAACUCAGUUUCGAUGUUUCCUAAAAUGCGAAUAAAUCAUCUGAAUACAUGACUUUUUCAUUUCAAUCCCAGACUCUGGAACAAAUGUUGGGGUGUGCUUGUACCUUAAUUGGUUACAGGUGAAGUUUUAGACAUUUUAACCCCAUUUAUUAGGACGAUGGUUGGCACAUUUCACAAUUUUAUAGAUCUCAGUUGACUUUUUUUAGGUCUUCAUGUGAAGUUGGCGAUCUUUCCAUUGCCUAAUCAAUGGAGAGGAUUCGAGAUAAAUGUCUAGACCUUAAAACGAAUGACUUCUACGCUAGUAGUAUUUACGAUUGUAUCAGUUAGUUUUAAAAUGGCGUCAAGUGUGAAAUAGUCUUUCUGAACGUCUGUCGCCUCAUAGCAAACAUGUAUUUAAAUAUUUAUUACUUGUUAUGUAAAUAUCUUGUUUAAAUGACAGUUCAUUUUAAAGAAAUAUUUUGUGAUUUUAAUAGAUGCAAAUGCUCUAGAGUAGAAAGUCAAGUAAAACAUAACAUAUCAAAAUAUUUUAAUGAUUUUUUUAUGAGUAAUAGUUGGAUUUAGUUUAUCUUCGGGUGCCUCCUGAAUUAGUCAAGACAGAAUAUAUUUUAUUUAUGACUUAAUUAUAUGAUUUAAUUUUGGGAAAUUUAAACUUUUUCUCUACCAAGUGAGA